UAAAAAAAACAUUCGCAAAUUUUAAGAAUUAUCUAAAAUUUCCAACAAUUUCCCGUCCAUCCCACACUCGAUCGCCAAAAAAUCCAAGAAAUCUCACCCUCUCAAAAUCUCAUCUCAUCUCGAUCCCUCCACCCGCAGCGCCGACUACAAACUCCUCUCUCAAUAUUUCCCAACAUUUCUCCAACUACUCGGCUGUCAAGAUAAUUUUUUUCUGAAAAAUAAUUUUUAAAUAAAAAAAAUGGACCCCAUGAUAAUCGACUCACCCACGACGCCCACCGCCAGCACUUCGGGACUCAGCAUGGAGCAGGACGGGGAGACGGGCUCCACUCCACACUCCACCACAACAACCACUUGCACCCGCCCCACCCCUCCCCACAUAACCCUCAAACGUCUCAACUUCAACCCCGCCGCUGCCUUCACCCCUCCGCCGCCCACCAACACCACUCCAUCCACCACCACCCCAUGCACCACCUCUCCACUAUCCUCUCCCCUAUCCGACUUCAGCUCGCAACUCACCAUCAAACCCGCUCCUCUCUCCCUCGACACCAGCGGACCCACUAAUAAAAAACCCAUGAGCUUGACGCCCACCACCUCUACGGCAAAGAGUCAAUUCGGUGGAGGAACGACUCCGAGUGGAGGUGGACAAACCCUGGACCAUUUCAAAGCCACGUCGGGGCUGGAAACGUCGGGGAAGCUUAAGAUAUCACCGGAAUUGACGUUUGAUUUCACUUCGGAGGACUUGGAGGACUUUGGGGAGAUCGGGAGGGGGGCCUAUGGGACGGUUAACAAGAUGCUGCACACCAAGUCCGCCACGCCCAUCGCGGUGAAGCGGAUCCGCUGCACCGUGGACGAGAGGGAGCAGAAGAAAUUGAUGAUGGACUUGGAGGUGGUGAUGAAGAGCAACUCGUGCCCCUUCAUCGUGGGAUUCUACGGUGCGAUAUUCAAGGAGGGCGACUGCUGGAUCUGCAUGGAACUCAUGGACGCCAGCCUCGACCAGUUCUACAAGUUCGUCUACCGGCGGAUGAAGGAGAGGGUCCCAGAGAAUGUGAUAGGAAAGGUUGCCCUGGCGGUGGUCCACGCCCUGAACUACCUGCACGCCUCGCUCCGUAUCAUCCACCGUGACAUAAAACCCUCCAACAUCCUCCUCGACAGACAAGGCAACAUUAAACUCUGUGAUUUCGGGAUCAGCGGGCAGCUGGUGGACUCCAUCGCGCAGAGCAGGGAUGCCGGGUGCAGGCCCUACAUGGCGCCCGAGAGGAUCGACCCCUCCUCCGCGCGGGGGUACGACAUCCGGAGCGAUGUGUGGUCCCUGGGGAUCACGCUGUUUGAGAUUUCCACGGGAACGUUCCCCUAUCCGAAAUGGAACUCGAUAUUCGAGCAACUGUGUCAGGUGGUGCAGGGGGAUCCGCCACAACUCGUCCCCGUCAUGAACGGGAUGAGCUUCACCCCGGAAUUCGUCUCCUUUGUUAAUACUUGUUUAAUAAAGGACGAGCUCCAGCGCCCAAAGUACUCGCGCCUCCUCCAACACCCCUUCCUGGUCCGAUCCUCCAAAGAGGAAGUGAACGUAAAAGACUAUUUCUCGACGGUGUUCACGGCCAUGGGUCCAUCCCUGCAGCAGCGACUAGAAGACCUCACCCUGGUCGACCAAGAUGACUACUGAUGAGAGAUGCAGUUUUAGAUUAUUUAAAAAUAAAUAUGGAAUUUAGACACUUUUCUCUUUAUAUAAUAAAAAUAUUAUAGAAUUUA